CGCGCUUCUAUUGUCUUGAAGCUUCUAUACUCCUCGCUCGCCUUCUCCUACCCCACUAACAGAAACCACCCGCAACCCACACCAUCUCUCUAAAACCCUGUCAUAUAAAUCUCCCACUCAAACUCAAAAUCCAUUCUCAAUCGAUCUCAACUCUCUCGUCUCCUAAAUAUGGCUUCGAUGAUCGUCUCCAAGAGAGCUCCCGUGAUCUCCAUGCUCGUCGAGAAGCUCCGCGCCUCCGCCCUCCGCCCCGCCGCCGCUUCCGCUCGAUCCUUCACCACGGAUCAACCUAGUGAGGAGAGGAGCCUCGACAUCGACCGCCGCCGAUCGGAUGUCGCCGCCCCCGUCCGCCGCCGCGGCGGCGACCUCUUCCCGAGUCCCUUCUUCUCAGAAGAUGUGUGGGAUCCGUUCAACGUGGGGACGAGCCUGAGCCAGAUGAUGAACAUGAUGGAGCAGAUGCUGGAGGUGUCGCCGUCGAUCCGGCUGGGGUGGGACGCGUGGGAGGACGACAAGGCGCUGCACCUGACGAUCGAGAUGCCGGGGCUGGGCAGAGAGGACGUGAAGGUGUGGAUGGAGGAGAACACGCUGGUGAUCAGGGGCGAGAGCAAGGAAGAAGAGGGCAGCGGCGGUGGCGACGAAGGAGGGGAAGCAGGGAGGGGCGGCCGGAGGCGGCAGAGGUAUAGUACGAGGAUAGAGCUGCCGUCGAAGGGGUACAAGACGGCGGAGAUUAAGGCGGAGAUGAAGAACGGCGUGCUGAAGGUCGCGGUGCCGAAGGCCGCGGCGGAGGAGCGCGACGACGUGAUCCACGUCCAGGUCCAGUGAAACGGGUUUGUUAAUGCAAUAACCUGGUGGACGGACGGACGGACGGAUGGAUGGAUGCACUGGGCUCUGUUUUUUUUUUUUUUUUUUUUUUAUUACUUUUAAAACUUUGUAGUAGUGUGCUUUUGCUGUUUCUCUUUGGGGAGAAUUAUAGGCUUUUUGCUCGCAGGGGAAAUGUUGUAUCAACUUGUAUGAUGAAAAAUGAAAAAUGUGUGUAAGGGGACAAUAUGAUGAUAGUGUUGAAUGGUGAAUAUGAGAAUGCCUGUUUUAGUAACAAUGAGAAUUAAUAACUGUUAGGUUAAGCA